AUGUGUGACCAACCAAAGAGCCACUCAUGCUGCCCGCCAAAAUGCAGUCCAAGCUGCCCACCAAAAUGCAGUCCAAGCUGCCCGCCAAAAUGCAACCCAGUCUGCCCACCAAAAUGCAACCCAUGCUGCCCAUCAAAAUGCAACCCAUGCUGCCCAUCAAAGCCAUGCUGCUGUUUGGAGCCCAAGCCUGAGUGUACUUGCCUUAAUAAGGAGCCUGAUCCUGCUGCACCCCAAACUCAGAACAACUCCGAAACCCCGCAGCAGUCCCAAAGCCCGAAGCAGGGGUCCAAAAGUCCCCGGGGGCAAAAGUAA